UUGAUUUCAAUCCUUGCUUUGACCGUCACUUCAAAUGAAAUUCGAGUUCAGAUCUUUCACAUUGUCGACAACCCAAAUAAUUGUCCUAUGCCCACGAGGAUGACCAAAUGCGCCAACCUUUCCGACGUGCAUCCCUUUACGUUACCCUGCUGUUGAUAGCCGAGGCUGUGAUCGGAUUACUAUUCCUGGUGGUUACCGCCUACUAUCACGUUGUACUUACCAGCUACCUGGCAGAUAUUGAGUCCAGACUUGUCUACGGCUACGUGUUCGGUUUGUACAUGUACGGUGUCCAGCUACUGGUGACGUUUCUGGUUAGCAUCUCCAUGUGGCGGCGAUUGUGGAGGAGGCGAUGUACACCGAACGUCCACCUGAUCUUAGCCUUGUGGCUCUUGUACUCCUGCGUUAUUGUAGCCUCUGGCUUCGGAUGUGUUUGGAACCUAUACCAUGGAGUCAAUGUACUGGAAAGUGCGGUUGAAACCUCUCUAAUCCGGGGGAUCGACUUGUAUUACUCGUGCCCGGAGUGGAAACUGCUCUGGGACGGAUUGCAGUGGCACAAAGAGUGCUGCGGUGCGCAUGACUACAAGGACUGGAUGAAUGCAGAGUGGAUGCCCAACCAGGGGGAUAACUGUUCGUUGACAAUCCUUGCUCCAUAUGCCUGUUGCAAAAGAUCCUGUGAAAGUUGCUACAACAACUUUUCGCCCGGUGGUGGUAUUUCUGAAAGCAGGCCCAUCCCUGCCCUCACCGUGGAGUCGAUAAACACGAACGGGUGUCUGCCAAUAUUCCACGGAGCUAUUACGAAUUUUGUCUACAUUCUUCUGGCUCUUUGGGCAUUAUCCUUGAAGUUUCUAAUAAUGAUUUGCUGCAUAAGCAAGUACAUCCUGAAUCGGCAGAACCAAGGUGAUGGGUGCGACAAUGUUGGCCUAUCAGAUGAAAAUGGACAUCCGCUGGUCAUAGUGAAAUAUCCAUGCAACGUGCGUUGUGUUACUAUUGGCGAGGAAGAUCUGGGAUCCGAUAUAGCACCCAACUACUGCAAUUGCAAUGAGGUGGAUGAAGAUAAUUGCAACGACUACUAAACUUUUAUUUUUUUUUGGUUUUAGUUUAUAUAUUUUAUAUUAAUUUUAACAAUUAGUUGAUUAAAUGUAUUGGUUACGAAA